AUGCUCUUUGUUAUUGGCGUGGCAGGGCCCUCCGCUGCGGGUAAAUCCUCUGUUGUGGAGCGGAUCGUGUCUGCGAUCGGGUCUCACCAGUGCGCGCUGCUCUGCUUGGACUCGUUCUACCACGGCCUACCGCCGGGUUGCGAUCCGCUAGAGUACGACUUUGAUUCGCCAAAUGCGUUUGACUUUGAGUCCUGCGCUGCGGCGAUCAAGGAGCUGGCGCUGGGCAAGAGCGUGUCCCUUCAGAGCUACGACUACGUGACGCACCAGCGCUGUGGACCGGAGAUCACGCUCCCCAGCGGUACAGAAGUGUUGAUUCUGGAGGGAAUCUUGACGUUUUAUCAUGAGAAAGUCAGAGAGCUGCUGCAUUUAAAGGUUUUCGUCGACGAAGAUGCGGAUGUAUGCUUGUGUCGACGUAUCCAACGUGAUGUUGUUCAGCGCGGUCGAUCAGUCGAGUCCGUUCUUGCCCAGUAUGAGAAGACUGUGAAACCAGCGCUGGACAACUUUAUCAAUCCACAAAAACGACUUGCCGACAUCAUUAUACAACGCGGCGUCGAGAACGUCAUUGCCAUCGACCUGCUGGUGAAACAUAUCGCGGUAAAACUUGAACAGCGUGGACUCAAUCGGUUGUACACAAACCUGCAUGAGAUGCCGCUGACAGGCCAGGUUCGCGCCCUGCAUACGUGCUUCCGCCGUUGUGAUGCUUCCAGGGACCAGUUCAUCUUCUAUGUCGACCGAAUGAUUCGCCUUUUAGUGGAGGAGGCCCUGAACAUGCUGCCGUUUCAAACGAAACGAGUCACGACACCUACAGGUGAGGUUUAUCAGGGGUUUUCGUUCUCAAACAGAAUAGCGGCAAUCAGCGUAAGCCCAGGGGGUGAAGCCAUGGAGCAUGGUGUUCGUGAAGUCAUCCGGGAGGUUCGCAUUGGAAAAGUCGCUGUCGUCGCCAGUGCAGACGGAAAUCGCAUGAUCGAGUUUCACCGCUAUCCACCAGGCGUUGCGCGUCGCAAACUCCUUAUUCUGCUUCCGGUGCUGGACACUGGUGCAACGUUAAACACGGUGCUUACGGAUCUGGCACGCAUCGGGUGUAUGCAAAGUAACAUGAUUGUUCUGUCGCUGAUCGCCAGCCCCGAGGCUAUCGCCGCGGUAUGUGGCAACGGAUGGACGAAUGUACGCCUUGUCGUGAGCGCCGUCGAUCGCGGCGUCAACGAACAGGGAUUGGUGGUACCGGGUAUCGGAUGGUUUGCGGAGCGCUACUUUGGCACAGAACGCUUCGAGUUGUCGGAAUGCUGA